GUUUCUGCUCUAAACGAUGUGUACUGCCAGACACUGGAUCUUCGGAACCAACCAGACAUGGCUUUUGUUCACCGAGAUACAAAUGUUUCUGCUCUAAACGAUGUGUACUGCCAAACACUGGAUCUUCGGAACCAACCAGACAUGGCUUUUGUUCACCGAGAUACAAAUGUAGAUUGGAAAACACUAAAAAAUUGUACAGUUAUUGAGGGUGAUUUCUCGGCUGCAAUGAUAACAAAGCCAAAUGCCACGCAUGAAGAGUUCCCCGAAUUCAAGAAUUUACGUGUUAUCACCGGGACAUUGAUGAUCUUUCAAGUCAGUAAAUUACGAUCGUUGAAACGUAUGUUCCCAAAUUUGCGUAUCAUCGGUGGACAGGAAUUGAUCCUGAACUAUGCACUUGUAAUCUACCAGAAUACACAUCUAGUGGAAGUUGGCCUUCCCAAAUUGACCGCAAUCAUCAACGGUGGUGUACGGAUAAUGGAUAAUCAACAGCUGUGCUAUAGCCGGUACAUUGAUUGGGGCCAAAUUCUGAUCGGUCCUGCAAAUGAUAUUUUAACGGAUCGAAAUAAAGGAACCGAAUCUAAUUUAUGCAGUGAUGAUUGUGUGCCGCAAAAUGAAGCCCGUUGUCAUAGACUGGAUCAGACACUGUCAUGUUGGGAUGCCGAAACCUGCCAGCUUGAAUGCGAGCAUACUUGGAACCCAGAUAAAACAGUGGGUCCGGGUUGUGACGAUGAUGGUGAACGAUGCCAUGAGCAGUGCCUUGGUGGCUGCUCGGCUCCAGACGAUCCAGGCUCAUGCCAUUAUUGCAAAAAUGUCAUUUAUCAGGGUAUUUGCAUGGAAAAAUGUCCAGCAGAUUUGUACGAAGUGCAUCAUGUUUAUCUUGUCAGGCGAUGUGUUACGGCUCAAGAAUGUCGAAAUCCAACUAAUUCGUCACGAUGCAUCAAAUGCGACGGUUACUGUCCGGUAAGAUGCAGAGGAGGUACGAUCGAUUCGUUCGGACAAAUUAAUCAUUAUCUGUUCAAGAAGUGUAACGUGAUCGAAGGCUACUUGGAAAUCGAAUUAAGGGCCGGGCUGGAUGCAGCAGCAAUUGAAAAAGUUGGUGAAGCAUUGGGUUCUAUUGAAGUGAUCAAUGGCUAUUUGCUGAUUGAUUUUAGCACAUCAUUCGUCUCGCUGCAUAUGUUCAAACGGUUGCGUCUAAUCAAAGGAGAUAUUCUUUGGCGAGAUCGAUAUGCGUUAGCAAUAUUUGAAAAUCCAAAUUUGCGCAAUGUCUUCAACUUCAAAAAGCAACCGCUUGCAAUUGGUAAUGGGACGGUGCUGUUCCAUAACAAUCGAAUGCUCUGCUAUGGUCGUAUAAAAGCACUCCUCGAUCAUAUGGGCCUAACAGAUGUCAAAGAUACCGAUGUUUCAUUUUUUAGCAACGGUGAUCGAGCAAUAUGCAAUGAAAUUACUUUUGAUGUGCACACAGACUAUGUGCAUAGCUAUGGUUUCCUGAUAUCAUGGUAUGCUUAUUAUGUGCAAACGAAGCUGAUCAAUCAUCCGGGCGCACGAAAUGCGAUCUCAAAAAUUCAGUUUGUGAAGACACUCUUUUCCACACCGGAUCCACCGAAAGAUGUUGUUGGGAAAUCGCUUCCUGCGAACCCCGAUCGGAUCGAUUUAAAAUGGGAUCCACCGGAACAUCCAAACGGUGAAAUUACACAUUACACUGUCAAGUGGCAAGUAUUUGAAGAUGAUGCAUCAGCGAUUGCAGGACAUGUAUGUGAUGAUAAAGCUGCUGUCAAACAUCAUUCGGACGCAGAACUUCGAGAGUUGAUGAAAAUGCAAAACAGUCAGCAGCAGCAGCCAACCUGCCCCAGGGAGAAAGGAUGCUGUGAUUGUGAACAGGUAAAUGUAAGACAUACCUAUAAAAUAUGGCGUUCCAUUGCUUUUGGCUUCAGUUUUUGGGUCAAAUCUUUGCCAGCAGAGAAAAUUUCAUGA